AUGGCUUUAAAGCUUCCAGAUGUGUCAAACCUUAAAUCGCUCAUAGUUCUGUGCAAUGAGGACGGUGAAGCAAAUUUUUUUGACAAUAUAGUCGAUCCAGUGAUCCGUAAGAGAGUGAAGGCAUUGUCGCUAUUUAGAAAUGUAAUCAGUACAAACAAAUUAUCAGAGUUUAUCACUGAAAAAGUGUUCAUGCGUCUCUUCUUCAACAUGUUGUUUGAUGAGAAAGAAGGACAGGUUGACCAUAUGAAAACUGCAUGCAUCGAGACCAUUGCUUUUGUAGCUGAACCUAAGAAAGCUUUGGUUGGUGUUUCUGACAAGGGGAUAAGUGACAUUGUUUCUUCAGUUAAUUUAGGAAACUUUGGUGCAUCUGCUGUGAACACAGAUAUACAGACGUGCCUCUAUAAAGUUGUGCUUCCUAAAAUACAAAAGCUGAUGGAUUCUGAUUCAGAAAAGGUCAAUGUAAAUAUCAGUCUUGCUGCAUUGAAACUACUUAAGUUACUUCCAGGUGAUGUGAUGGACACAUAUCUUCCAACUAUCAUUCAUCGAAUUUCAAACUUCUUAAAGAGUCGUCUAGAAAGCAUUCGUGAUGAAGCUAGGUCUGCAUUGGCUACUUGUUUAAAAGAGCUUGGAUUGGAAUACUUGCAAUUCAUUAUUAAGGUUUUGCGAUCUACCCUAAAGCGAGGAUAUGAACUUCAUGUCCUAGGAUACACACUGAAUUUUAUUUUGUCCAAGUGUCUCGCAAGUGCAGUUUGUGGAAAGAUAGAUUACUAUUUGGGGGAUCUCCUUUCUAUCAUAGAGAAUGACAUUUUUGGAGUUGUUGCAGAGCAGAAGGAGGUGGAAAAGAUAGCUUCAAAAAUGAAAGAAACAAAGAAGAAAAAGUCAUUUGAGAGCUUGAAAUUGGUGGCCCAAAACGUAACAUUCAAAAACAAUGCUCUAAAGCUGCUUGCACCAGUGACUACUCAUUUGAAAAAACAUGUCACGCAAAAUGUGAAAGGAAGAUUGGAAAAUAUGUUGCAUAGUAUAGCUGCUGAAAUCAUGUCAAAAGUACAAAAUGAACUCGAACAAGUUGUUGGCAAAGGUAUUCCAGUCGAAGAAACAGACAUAGCCAAAUUACCAUACAUGCAAGCAGUUAUAAAAGAGACGUUUCGUGUACAUCCACCAGUUCCGUUAUUACUACCUCGCAAAGCAGAAACAGAUGUUGAAAUUGGUGACUACAUUAUUCCAAAAGAUGCACAAGUUUUGGUUAAUGCUUGGGUUAUUGGCAGAGAUCCAAGUAAAUGGGAGAAUCCUAAUGCUUUUGUGCCGGAGAGAUUUUUCAAUAGUGAGAUUGAUUUUAAAGGACAUCAUUUUGAGCUUAUUCCAUUUGGGUCUGGUAGAAGAAUUUGUCCUGGUUUGCCUUUGGCUAUUAGAAUGUUGCCUUUGAUGUUGGGAUCUUUGGUUAAUUGCUUUGAUUGGAGACUUGAAGAUGGAUUGAAUGUCGAUGAUUUGAAUAAGGAAGAUGAGUAUGGGAUUACCUUGGAAAAAUCUCAACCUGUGAGAAUUGUUCCAAUCAAAUUGACUAAGCAAUAA